GUUUUCUUGAUGCUGCUGGCUGUCUUAUCUCUAUCUCAUGGAGAGAUGCGACGUCAAUAGCCAGCGACGAGUGACGCUUCGUUCAGAGAGCUCACAGCAGCCAUUCCAAUAACUAAUUUUGACACGAAGAGAGGAAAGGCACACACACAGACGUCAUAUCUUCAGAAUGGGCUCAGCACUGCACCUCGCCGGCCCCAGUCUGGCCAUUUUUAUCGUUUCUGUUGUGAUGAUGAUUCUUUCCAUUGUUGCUGUCUCUCUGAGGACUUUCGUGCGACUCUGCAUCGUUCGAGCCUUUGGUUGGGAUGACGCCCUUAUGCUGGCAGCGCUGGCAUUGUUCCUGUUAUUGAACAUAUGCAGCUUCAUCGGAGCCAUCAAGGGGGUUGGCGGCACCGGGACUGAUUUCAAAACUUACGAAGCCUAUAGAACGGCAUUGCUGUACUGGUGGCUCUGUCAGAUCUUUUACACCUGGGCAUCCGCACUGGCCAAAGUAUCCAUCGCUGUCGCCCUCCUUCGAUUAACGAUCAAGAAAAUCCAUCGAAUCAUCAUUUGGGGCACUGUCGGCCUCACGCUUGCUAUCAGCUUUAUGUUCUGGCUAGUGCUACUUCUUAAUUGCCACCCAGUCUCAUACUUUUGGGAAUAUGCAGACCCUUCAAAGUCAGGAAGCUGCAUGUCCAAAAUUAACUUGAUCAAAGUUGCAUAUGUUUACAGCUGUUUGACAAUCCUAUGCGACUUGACACUCGGAAUCUUGCCGAUGUUCCUCGUCUGGAAGCUGCAGAUGAACUAUCCGACAAAGAUUGCAGUUGGCGGAAUUCUCAGUAUGGGCGCAAUUGCCAGCGUCGCGGUCAUCGUCCGCAUCCCGUUCCUCCACUUCUAUGCUGAUACAAACUUCAUUCACUCUACCUACCAAAUAGCCAUCUGGUCAGUCGUCGAAACAGGCCUUGGAAUCACAGCAAGCAGUCUCUUCACUCUCCGUCCACUCUUCCGUUGGCUGCUCGAUGAAAAGUUGUCCUACGGUCGAAGCCGAGGACGAGGCUAUAACCAUUACCCGCUCUCCAGCCUCAACAAUGAUGGGCUAAAGGAAACUCAUCAUCCGGGAACUUGGUAUUCAGCCAACAGAUCCGGGAACGAAGGCAAGGUGGUCACUCAAGUCACAAUCCCACGAUUGAUGAAUGAUAACAGCAGCGAGGAGGAUUUGUACCCUGAGCCAAAUCCCAUCACUUUGCGGAAUCAUGUCACGGUCUCAAGGACAUUUGUACAGACUAUUUCAGAAAGGCCGAGAUAG